AUGAGUUUACUCAAUCUGGAAGAACAACUCGUAUUCUACGGACAGUAUCAUCGUAAUAAGAUUAAUGUCAUAAUUCACAUUGAUCACAACACACUUGCCUCAAUAGUUCAUAUUACUUCAUGGGUUCUUCAAUUUAUUGGACAUGGAUUUGCUGAGAAAAGAAGCCCUGCAUUAAAAGAUAAUAUAAUUCAAGCGGUUUUACUUGCACCGUUAUUUGUUUGGCUAGAAGUUCUUUUUGCAAUAGGAUAUCGUACAGUACUCCAAAAAAGAAUUAAAAUAGGUGUUGAAGCAGCGAUCAAAAGAUAUAAUGAGAAUAGAUGA